UUAUUACAUCACUUCCUCCUUGAGAGCAGUUUCUCUUUCCUUUUCCUGUGGGCUGGUCUCCAUGGUAACAGAACCUCUUCUCUCUGGGCCUGGCUCUCUGUCCACUGAGCCAGUCACCUCUUUCUUCAGUUAAGUUACUACAAGGGAUUAAGAAUUCCCUUUUAUACUCCUGAGGGCAGGCUUGGACCUGGGUGACUCCUUUGGCCCCUCACCCUGUAUAGACCCUGUGGGGCAGCCUCUUCUCUGGGAAGAGGAGGGGAAACCUCUCCCCAGCUCUGGGUGCAGAGGCCCAGGCGUGGCCACAGGAGGGUCGGGGCUGAGCCAGAUCUGGAGCUGGGAGGGAGAUCAGGGCAGCUUUCUUCUCAGGUUCCACCCAGAGCCAUUGGCCCAGAGAGUGAGCCCAAAGGCAGAGAGGAAGAUGGGCUGUUCCACACUGGGGGAAAGAGGGGAGGGGGUUCCCCGGGGGCUCCAGGCCAGCUCCUGCUGCUCAGAAGGGCAGAGAAGACAGACAUUCCCUGGCCCAGGGGAGGCCUGUUAGGAAGAACUUUGGCUGGAGCUCCAUUCUGGGGGUCAUAAAGUCAGGGGAAGGUAGAAUCCUGAGGGGAAGCAAAGCUGGGAAAGGUGGAGGAGCUUCCCCACCUGGACUCACCGGGGCUACUUUGCUGCCUCAACAGGGAGCCUGGAGUCCCAGGGAUGGCCUUGGAGAGGGACAGACUCCGAGCCCCGGAGGUGGUGACAUUCCAGGAUGUGGCUGUGGACUUCACGCUGGAGGAGUGGCGCCUCUUGUCCCCUCCCCAGAAGGAGCUGUACAAGGAGGUGAUGCUGGAGAAUGCCUGGAACCUGCUCUCUGUAGGGCUUCCAGCUCCCCCAGAAGAUGUGCUCUCUUAUUUGGAGCAGAGGGAAGCCCCAUGGAUGCUGGAGCAAGAAGGCCUGAGGAGCUUCAGCCCAGAAGGAGAGAUCAGACCGGAAAUGAAGGCAACUCCAACAGAGAUGAGCCUUGCUUUGGAAGAAACAAACCAGAAAAGACUUAUGAGUGAUAUUCCAAAUAAUGUAGCUUACAGAGAACUCUGUGUGAUAUCUCAAAAUUCAUCCCACACUGAACAUCAAAAAAUAAACUCUGAGGAAAAGUUUAGUGAAAGGAGGCAAUGUGGAAAGACAUUCAGACAGAGACACAAACUUACUAUACAUCGGAGAAUCCACACUAGCAAGAAACCUUAUGAAUGCAAUCACUGUGGAAAGACAUUCAGUUGGAGCUCUGAACUUGCUGUUCAUCAGAGAAUCCACACUGGGGAGAAACCUUAUGAAUGCAAUCAUUGUGGAAAGACAUUCAGUCGGAGCUCCAGUCUGGCUAUACAUCAGAGAAUCCACACUGGGGAGAAACCUUAUGAAUGCAAGCAGUGUGAAAAGACAUUCAGAUCGAGCUCUGAACUUGUUGUACAUCAGAGAAACCACACUGGGGAGAAACCUUAUGAAUGCAAUCUUUGUGAAAAAACAUUCAAUCAGAGCUCCAAUCUUGCUCGACAUCAGAGAGUCCACAGUGGUAUGAAACCUUAUGAAUGCAAUCAUUGUGGAAAGACUUUCAGAACAAGCUCUGAACUUGCUGUUCAUCAGAGAAUCCACACUGGGGAGAAACCUUAUGAAUGCAAUCAGUGUGAAAAGACAUUCAGAUCGAGUUCCAAUCUUGCUCGACAUCAGAGAAACCACACUGGGGAGAAACCUUAUGAAUGCAAUCAUUGUGGAAAGACAUUCAGUCAGAGCUCCCAUCUUGUUCUACAUCAGAGAAUCCACACUGGAGAGAAACCUUAUGAAUGCAAUCAGUGUGGAAAGACAUUCAGUCGGAGCUCCAGUCUGGCUAUACAUCAGAGAAUUCACACUGGGGAGAAACCUUAUGAAUGCAAUCAUUGUGGAAAGACAUUCAGAUCGAGCUCUGAACUUGUUGUACAUCAGAGAAACCACACUGGCGAGAAACCUUAUGAAUGCAAUCAUUGUGGAAAGACAUUCAAUCAGAGCUCCAAUCUUGCUCGACAUCAGAGAGUCCACAGUGGUAUGAAACCUUAUGAAUGCAAUCAUUGUGGAAAGACAGUCAGAUCAAGCUCUGAACUUGCUAUACAUCAGAGAAUCCACUCUGGGGAGAGACCUUAUGAAUGCAAUCAUUGUGGAAAGACUUUCAGAUCAAGCUCUGAACUUGCUCGACAUGAGAGAAUCCACACUGGAGAGAAACCUUAUGAAUGCAAUCAUUGUGGAAAGACAUUCAGAUCGAGCUCUGAACUUGCUGUACAUCACAGAAUCCACACUGGGGAGAAACCUUAUGAAUGCAAUCAUUGUGGAAAGACAUUCAAUCAGAGCUCCAAUCUUGCUCGACAUCAGAGAAUCCACACUGGAGAGAAACCUUAUGAAUGCAAGCAAUGUGGAAAGACAUUCAGGUACAGUUCCGAUCUUGCUGUACAUCAGAGAAACCACACUGGGGAGAAACCUUAUGAAUGCAGUAAUUGUGGAAAGACAUUCAAUCAGAGCUCAAGUCUUGCUCGACAUCAGAGAAUCCACACUGGGGAGAAACCUUAUGAAUGCAAUCUGUGUGGAAAGACAUUCAGAUCGAGCUCAGAACUUGCUGUACACCAGGGAAACCACACUGGCAAGAAACCUUAUGAAUGCAAUCAUUGUGGAAAGACAUUCAGAUUGAGCUCUGAACUUGCUGUACAUCAGAGAAUCCACACUGGGGAGAAACCUUAUGAAUGCAAUCAGUGCGGAAAGGCAUUCAAUCAGAGAUCCAAUCUUGCUCGACAUCAGAGAAUCCACACUGGAGAGAAACGUUGUGAAUGCAAGCAAUGUGGAAAGCCAUUCAGAUACAGCUCUGAUGUUGCUCAGCAUCAGAGAAUCCACACUGGGGAAGGACCUUAUGAAUGUAAGCAAUGUGGAAAGACAGUCAGCCCGAGAUCUCAUCUUGUACAUUAGAAUCCACACUGGGGGAAAGUUUUAUGAAUGAAAGCAAUCUGGAAAGACAUUUACAGUAAGGUCCAGACUUGCCAUAUAUCAGAGAAUCCACACUGGGGAGAAACCUUCUGAAUCCAAUCAAUGGGGAAAGCAAUUCAUAUGGAGGUCCACCCUUGGUCUACAUCAGAGAAACCUCAGACUUUCACACAGAGUUCUCACCUAGCUCUAAAUCAGAAAAUUCAUUCUAGUAUGUCAUAAACUCUACUCAGAUUAAGUCCAAAUGGGAAUAUGAUUUAGACCUAAAGUAUAAGCAUAUUAAGAGAGCAUAGAAUAGUUUAUCUUUUAGAUCAAUUUAUUGAUAAGGGAAGAAUUUAUGACCAAAUGAGAAAUAGAUUACAUCUAUUUGUAUAAACAAAACCAAUACAACCAAGGUUGAGAGGGGAAACAAGAAGUUAUCAUUUGAUUUAAAACAAGAUGUCCAAUUGUGUGAAGGAAACCCUCCCCCAGGAUCAGACAUGGGGUCUGCCCUGCAUCCCUAUGAUCCUAGUGACAUCAUCUAGUGUGGGUCAUGUGACUGAGUUUGAACAGGACAUGAUUAAACUGGACCUGGAAGGGAGAGGAAGGAAAAAACAUUGAAGACAAGGAAGUAGGGGCUCUUUCUGGAGGAACAAGUGAAGAAGGUGGCUGAGGGAGCUAUGUGGAGAGUACCUGCAUGGCUAAAAGUCUUUUCUCUUUAAUUCUCUGCCUCUACCUAUCCAAGUAAAUUCUAAUAAAGUUUGCGAAAGAUAAGGAUCAUAAUCCUAAUUGUAGUUUUUACAUUGGUGGCCACUAUGGAGAGGAGCAUCACUUCUCCUUUUUAAGGUUUUUAGAGGAGUUAAAAACAGACAAUAGGGCAGAUCAGUUCAUGGCACCAGCCACCACCUACUACCUGUUUCCCACUCAGCCAGAAAAGGCUACAGAUGCCACUGAUCUCAGGCUUGGUUAGAUAAAAUCUUUUGCUUUUCUUAAAAGGAUAAUCUUCCUUCUUGCAGCCAAUUUGAAGUCCCCAUGUGGCCUUAGACUUAGCUUAGGCGGGGGCAAGAUGUGGGAGAGAAUAGCAGGCAAGAUUCCCCUCUCUGGUAUCAGCAUCUUGGUGCAGUCACAGCUAGUGGCUGGUCUCAAGUGCCCCUCCACCCUACUUCAUAGCAGGGGUCCCCAAGGUACCUAAAUCAACCUCUUGGUAAGGCAGCUCCCUAUGAAGCAUCUCAAGGGUCAAAAUCUGAGCAGGGAUCCCUGGUCCCCACCCACACAUUUCAUCACUCUGAGCUUCUAACUUCUAAGCCCUGCAACAACCAGUAAGCCCAACCAACUCACUGGACUAGCCCAAGGGGGCUUCCAUGCUCCCAGCUAUGAAGGUGGGGACUGGAGCCCCAACCUGUAUCAGGGAUUUCCCCUACCACCCCCUGGACCCUGACCUCAGACCUCUCUAGCUUCCCAGCAGAGAGUUAAGACUCUCUACUCCCAGCUAUGGCUAAAGGUGUACAGCAUACUCUGUAUGCCAGGGCAGCACCACCAACAGAGGAAAAAACUGCAGGCAAUUUAUAUAUGUAUAUAUAUGUAUAUAGUAUAAUAAAAUAUAUUUAUAUAAAUUAAAUCAAAUUGAAGUAAAUUUUUAAAAAAAUAUUAAUAAAAUUGAAUUAAAUAAAAAAAUAAUUAAAUGAAAUAUGAAAUAGUUGCACAUACCACUUCAGUGAUCUAUUAUUUCAAAAAAUGUUGAUUUUUAAAAAUCAUUAUUGCUAUUGUAAAUGUAUAUUCAUUAUUAGUACUAUUGAGUACCAUUGUCUUGCAUUGAUUUCUUAUUUAAUCCUAAUGUAGUUUGGUUGCUUUCCACAAUAAAA